AGUUUGAGGUCAGAGCGACUGAGUAGAGAAGAUGAACAGAGUACUCAUGCCGACAUGUUGAGGGUGGUGAACUUCAGUCGCUCAUUGCCAGCGAGAGGGAUGGCAAAGAGGCCCUGGGGAUUCAGAUUCAGGAGUUGGAACGAGAGUUGCUGGGUGUUCGCAGCAUCGGCUGAGUGACCAGCGAAACGAGAGGGACAGAGAGAUGGACGAAGUAGCUCAGAGUCUCUCUCUACAAGUCUCCAAUCUUCAGGCUCAGUUGGAAUUGGCUGAAAAGAGGUCUGCCCAACCGUCUCCUGAACUGAUCAAACUUCAUAAAGAAAUGGAGAGACUAAAGGAGGAGCAUGGAAAAUCUCUGUUACUGGAGCAACAGAGAUCUGGUGAUCUGGAGGAUCAACUUAGACAGCAGUCUGUUAGGGAGGAACUGCAAGUGGCUAGUCUAGAGAUGAAACUAUCACAACUCUCGGAGACUGUUGGUAGCUAUGUUCUCCUACGUGAGCAAGACCAGACAACCAUCCAAAAACUAAAGGAAAGGAUAAACCAACUGGAUGAUGAAAACACCCAACUCACUAAAGAACACAUUGAAAGACGCGAGAAGUCGACCCACGCCGCUGGACAGGUGACUGGCCUUCAAGAGAAGAUCGCGAAACUAAAGACGUUUCUGAAGCUGGCAACAUCGAAAAUCACCGAAAAGGCCGCUCUACCGUCGAAUUUAGAAGAAAUGACGGUAGCUGAGUAUCGUGAUCUCAUAGUACGCGAAACAGCUGGAAAGCAAUAUCAGCAAGAGCUGAUUCAAUUGAGGGAGGAGUUUGAACGCUACAAAACGAGGGCGCAAACAGUUCUUCGAAGCAAGGAAAACAAGGAUUCUAUUACUCCACCUGUCCAGAGGAAGAAUACUGAGAGUAUACAGAGUAGAUUACUAGAUCUGCAGGAGCAAGUCCACAGUCUCCAGAACCAGAAAGAGGAGGAAGAGGGGAGACACUUGAUGUCGACCCGCAAACUGCGGGAAGAAAUCAGAGAAAUCGCCGAUAAACACAGGGCAGAGGUCGUUGCUAUGGAGACGCAACACAAGGAGAAGCUGCAGAAUCUACAUCGUCACGUCCAAUCGACACGAGACAGAACCGUAAAACUUCUCGCAGAGAAAGACGCCGAAAUCGACCAUCUCCGGGGGGAGCUCCAGGCCCUCAGAUCCCAGUCCCAUACCGGCGGUCUGGAACGGAGUCUGAGCCACGCCAGUACUGCUAGUGGUGGGAACACCCAGAACGGAAUGGGGAAUGGGGAAUUGGAACCGGACUACCCCACGCCGUCCCUGUUCCAGACCACCACACCCAGGAGAAAUAUCAAUCUCUCUACCAAGUCUACAGAAUCAAUAUCUGCUGUGCAAGAGAUUUUAGAACAGCCGUCGCCAGGGCCGACAAAGGAACCUCAACUGCUACAUUUCAUCCACGAACAGCAGCGAAGAGAAACGGAACUAGCGACGGCCAGAAGGAAAAAAUUUGAACUUGAAGAUUCCCUCAGAGAUUUACAAGAAAGGGAACAACGUCAUUUGGAGCAAAACAUUUUCCUGAAAGACCAGAUAAGGAAACUGGAGAGAGACCGGUCACGUGAGACGGAGAGUAUGGAGUAUUUGAAGAACAUCAUUUUUCACUUCAUGUGUUCCGACUCGUAUGGGAGGGAGCAGAUGGUGUUGCCCAUAGCAACCAUCCUUCACUUAAGCCCAGACGAGGUGAAGAUAAUAAAGGAGAAAGCAGCUGCCCGGAGAUGGAUACCUAGAAAUUCAUGAUGAUUGUUAUUUCACUUUUUCAAUUUGAUUUUCAACUGUACAAUUUCUCUCAUUUUUACAUCUUUCAAAAGAUAGUAAUGAUAACUAUAUUAUUAUGCCAACUGGACAUUCUUUCCAUAACACAAUAAUUAUACUGUAUAAGAAUCGAUACGGCUGCAGUUCGGAGCAUGAGGAGGUGGAAUGGAACGGAGAUCCCGAGGGUUCACUGUGGACAACUUACAGUCCGGCGGUCUCAUUCCUAUUCCAGUAGAAUUGGACUGGGACUUGGGAACCACUUCCAAAUAGUGCCCACCACAGUCCCCAAACCUCGUCUUAAAAAGUGGCUCUUUAUCUUCUCCAUCUCUUCUCCCCUCUUCUCUUUCAUUUUCCAAAACAAUGUGUGCCACUUUUGACACGAUCUGCGAAUGUUUAUCCGUCUCCAUGGCAAUGGCAUUGUAGCUACUCCCAGUCCUAAACCCCACCCCCUCCAUAUCCUCGUUAGCAGUUAGCGCCACGGCAACGUUGUUUGAAGUCAUGACCUCUGAACCUUUGGGCUGGUCUGGAGGAAAAGAUAGAUCGAAACAUUUCGAGCUAUCAUUCAUAGAUUUCUUUGUGUGGCAUUCGACGCUGAUGCUGACCGGAUGAGAACCGUUAGGUGAGGUGGGGCUGGGGUUGUUGCUAGGCGACCCAAUCGACAACAAUCCGUCUUUCCCCAGUCGAAGAUUCAUACUCUGACCUGGAAUGGAAUCAGGACACACUAGGACAUCCUAAACUCUCGACGCUCACCUUUUAACCAGUAUCCUUGACUGGAAGGAUGCGUGUAGUAGGUCUUCAUCUGUGAUCGAGUAAUCAUGCCCCCCGGGCGAUGGUAAAAACUGCAGAUGGGGGUCCGCGAAGUAUUAAUUCUCGUGGCCCCCCGAGAACUAAUUUUCUCGGGGGACCCCCUCAAUUUUCUCCGGGGUGACGGCUCCGAGCUAUCAGAAGCGUCGCUACCGUGAUCACUCGAAGACGACGACGUAUCCAUAGCAACUUGCCCGUUCAGCAAACUCUUCUGUGCCAACUUUGAGAAAAAAAUUUCGAGCAAUUUCUUCGACCUCUGUCGCUGACCCCCUUCUUCGGGUGAAAUCUUUCGCAGCAGGGGGUCAAAGGUCGUCGGAGUACUGCCCACCGAAGAUGUCUGGCUCCGUGUACGAAUUCGCGUACCGAUGGACAACGGUGGGCAUGAAUUAGAAUAAAGUCUCUCUCCCUCGCCGUACAAAAGGUCUGAAGACACUUUUGGAGUUCUAUUUGUGUCCUCGGGGGUCGAA